AUAGAGAUCCAAUUGGAAACGGGUCACGGAGCUCCGUUAUAUAGAAAAUAGAAGACUAGGGUUUUGAAACUCUCUUUUCGCCUUCAGCUUCAAACCACUGAGGAACUUGAUCUCUGAGAAAACCAGAUUCACUACAACAAUCCAACAUGGCUAGAGGGUUGAAGAAACAUUUGAAGAGGCUCAAUGCUCCAAAACAUUGGAUGCUUGACAAACUUGGUGGAGCUUUUGCACCAAAGCCAUCAUCUGGACCCCACAAGUCAAGGGAGUGCCUUCCUUUGAUCCUCAUUCUGCGAAACAGACUAAAAUAUGCUCUAACAUACAGAGAAGUUAUUGCCAUCUUGAUGCAGCGCCAUGUUCUUGUUGAUGGCAAGGUUAGGACAGACAAGACAUAUCCUGCUGGUUUCAUGGAUGUUGUUUCUAUUCCCAAAACAAAUGAAAAUUUCCGUCUUCUUUAUGACACCAAGGGUCGGUUCCGUCUCCACUCUUUGAGGGAUGAUGAGGCAAAGUUUAAACUCUGCAAGGUUCGAUCUGUUCAAUUUGGGCAGAAGGGUAUUCCCUAUUUGAACACCUAUGAUGGUCGCACCAUCCGCUAUCCAGACCCACUAAUUAAGGCUAAUGACACCAUCAAACUUGACCUUGAAAACAACAAGAUCACUGAUUUUAUCAAGUUUGACGUGGGGAAUGUUGUCAUGGUUACUGGAGGAAGGAAUAGAGGUCGUGUUGGUGUCAUCAAGAACAGAGAAAAACAUAAAGGAACUUUCGAGACUAUCCACGUCCAGGAUGCAAGUGGUCAUGAGUUUGCAACUCGUUUAGGCAAUGUCUUCACUAUUGGCAAAGGAACAAAGCCUUGGGUGUCUCUUCCUAAAGGCAAAGGUAUCAAGUUGACUGUUAUUGAAGAGGCUAGAAAGAGGCAGGCUGCUCAAAAUGUAACUGCUGCUUAAAUUUUUGAUCAAAUUAUAUUGCCACCAAAUUUUUAGUUAUUUUUAGAUGAGUGAGAUUUGUGGUUUACCGGGCAUUUUUGUUAUGGUGAAGUGAUUAAGCAUAGUUUUCGUUUUCUUUUUCUUUGCGUAGUACAAUUCUGAACUGUCUUCAUGUUAUUUCAGUUUGAAUUAUUACCUUAUGAAUAUUAUGGUGACAUGUCUUUCAUCUCACUAUUUUCUUCUAAAUUGUAUUUUGAUGUUGUGAUGUUUACAUGGUUGAUCUUUGCAC